ACCACUCUUAUAUAUAUGCCAGGUCCAAUCAUCAUGUGAUUGUCGAGUGUUGUCGAUCACAGUUUCCUUAUUAUUAAAAAAAAACGCACACGAAUGCAAUUGUCAAGCUGUCAUAUACCCGGAAUAUACGUGAUCGAGUUGCAAUAUAAAUAAAAGUAAAAGAUUGAUCAAAUUGACGAUGUCUGCCACGAUAAGUGUUCGCGUUAAUCGCUUUGCUCUCUACGUGUGCAAACGCAGUAAAGGGAUCGGUAGCCACCAGAGGUAUGCGAUGAGGCACAAUUCCAAUCAAGCUGAUGGGAAGAUACUAGAACGUUUGAAUGAUAGAAGUAUAUUGCGAGUAAGCGGCGAUGAGUCUUCCACCUUUCUGCAGGGAUUGAUCACGAACGAUAUGAAGCAUCUCACGGAAGGGGCAUCUAAUAUUUAUACUUUGUUUUUGAACAUUAAGGGCAGAGUAAUGUAUGACGCUAUAGUGUACAAGAGUGAAGAAAGUAACAUAUUUUACGUAGAAUGUGAUUCGCAAGUUGUUGAAUCUUUGCAGAAGCACUUGCAAAUGUAUCGUGUAAGACGAAAAGUAGAUGUGAAACACAUAGGGGAUAAAAUCAAUGUUUGGUCAAUGUUUGAUUCGACUAAACGCUUUAAGAAUGGAAUUGCAGUGAACGAAAAUGAAAAGCGCAAACUGGAAGGAAUAAUAUUUCCAUGUGGCACGCUAAAUAAUAAAGCCAGUAAAUUCAUCGAUAAUGUUAGGAUAUACGAAGAUCCAAGAUUGCCUGAUUUAGGUCUCAGAAUUCUAGCUGAAUCGCAGAUUGACAAGCACCAGAUAAUCAAACAUUUAGACUCCGAUGUAUCCUCAGCCUCUGAGAAUAUUGGGAAUUACAAGGCGUUUCGAUAUAAACUAGGAAUAGGAGAAGGCGUACACGAUCUACCACCUGGAAAGGCAUUGCCUCUAGAGAUCAACUGCGAUUACUUGCAUGGCGUUAGUUUUCACAAAGGUUGUUAUGUCGGUCAGGAAUUAACUGCGCGAACGUAUCAUACAGGUGUGGUCAGAAAGCGCUUGAUGCCUUUAGUAUUUGAUAAUAUCCCGGAUAAACCGCUCGCAUACGACGAAAAAAUUCUCGACGAAUCUGACAAUGUGGUAGGAAAGUUUCGAGGAUAUAUCGACAAGUAUGGAUUAGGUUUAAUGCGGAUUAACGAAUCUCUCGGUGCUCGGCGGCUUAAUGUAUCGGGUAUAAAUAUAAGAGUGAUCAAACCCGCGUGGUGGCCUCAAGAAUUUCAGAAGGAAACGGUUUCUGUCAAAGAUACAAAAUAAUUCAGCUUGAUAACAUUAUUGUGUAAUAUAUCAACAAAUUGAUAUUGUACAGAAAAUCGUGAUAUACAUAUGUGAUAUUGUGUAAAAAUUAUAUGCACUGAAAUAAAUUUAUUAUUGUAACAUAAAA